AUGUUUAAGAGAAGUUUCAGCCAGGCAGCGGUUGCUAGAAAGCAGCUCAGCAAGGAGUUGUUGGACGAUGUGAAGUUCCAAGUGACGACGUACGCGCGUCCCAACGAUCUUUGUAUCACUAGGGGCGCCAAUGCGAAGUUGUACGACGAUUUCAGUGGGAAAGAGUUUAUCGAUUUCACCGCUGGGAUCGCCGUCACGGCGUUGGGUCAUUCUAACCCUAAAGUAGCAGAGAUCUUGGCGCAACAGGCGAGCAAACUGGUUCACUCGUCUAACUUGUACUACACUGCUGAAUGUUUGAGAUUGAGUGAGAAGAUUGUUGAGAACACGAAACGGUUUGGAGGACAACACGAUGCCUCUCGUGUUUUCCUUUGUAACUCCGGUACUGAGGCGAACGAAGCCGCGUUGAAGUUUGCUAAGAAGCACGGUAUAAUACAAGAUCACAAAAAGCAAGGGAUUGUAGCGUUCCAGAACUCGUUCCAUGGGCGUACAAUGGGUGCGCUUUCCGUCACAUGGAACAGCAAAUACAGAACCCCCUUUGGUGAUCUGUUGCCCAAUGUGACUUUCCUGAAUGUGAACGACCAGUUGACUAAGUUACAGGAUGUCAUCCAGUCCAAGUCCACAGAACUGGCAGGGCUUAUUGUGGAGCCUAUCCAAGGUGAAGGUGGGGUUUUCCCAAUCCCAGUGGAAACACUAGUUGGAUUGAAGAAAAUAUGUGCUGACAACGGUAUUGCGGUUAUCUAUGACGAAAUUCAGUGCGGUAUGGGCCGUUCCGGUAAACUGUGGGCACAUUCUUACCUCCCAAAGGAGGCGCAUCCGGAUAUUUUCACCAUUGCGAAGGCCCUAGGUAACGGGUUUCCAAUUGCUGCCACCGUGGUUAACGAAAAGAUCAAUAACGCACUACAAGUCGGUGACCACGGUACUACGUACGGGGGGAACCCAUUGGGGUGUGCCGUCAGCAACUACGUCCUGGAUACCAUAUGCCAGGACUCCUUCUUGGAAGAGGUGAACAAGAAGUCUGAAAUUCUAGUGAACCGUUUGCAAAAGAUUCAAAAAAGAUUCCCAGAUCACAUCAGAGAGGUUAGAGGGAAAGGUUUGAUGAUUGGUGCCGAUUUCACCGAGGCUCCUGGUGCCGUCGUUGCAAAGGCAAGAGACCUGGGCUUGUUGGUCAUCACCGCGGGCAAGACGACUGUCAGGUUUGUCCCUGCUUUGACAAUUGAAGACAAGGUUUUGGAGCAAGGUCUAGACGUUUUCGAAAAAGCUGUCGAGUCAGUAUUCGCAUAA